AGCAGUGUAAUGAUUUUUGCCGACCUUAUGUGUGGAGGUUAGUCCCUCGAAAGUCAACAUAGAUAGUAAUAAAGUGUGCUUUAUCAAAGUGAAAAUUCCCAUCAAUCACGUAAGAAUCCAAUACUCCAUUCUCCACUUUAUAUUUAUAUGUUUGGGUUGCUUAGCCAAAAAUUUAAAGGCCAUUCCUCUCCUCCUUUGGCUUCUUUCUCCAAGCUACUAAAAGGGUCAUUGAGAUACAAAGACAUCACCAAAAUUCCGCAUACUCUUCAAUCACAAUGGGCAAUGUGGUGGAAUUGAAGGUGGGUUUGCACUGUGAAGAUUGCAUUAAGAAAAUCUUAAAGGCCAUCAAGAAGAUGCAAGAUAUUGAAACAUAUAAUGUGGAUACGCAGCUCAACAAGGUCAUAGUGACAGGUAACAUUACCAAUGAAGAAGUCAUCCGAGUUCUUCAGAUAAUUGGCAAAUCGGCAAGCACUUGGGAGGGGGAGGAGAUAAAUUGUUGAAUCUACAAUUUUAUUUCGUACCUCAUCAAGAUUGCACUUGAAAUUGCAAGUUGUAGCCUACAAGAUAUUUUGAUGGAAGAACGGAAAAAAAACGUCACAAGGAGAGAAUUGGUACUUUCAUUUCUUAUAAAAUGGCUUUUUUAUUUUCUCCAGUGUAAAAUGAAGUAACAUUAGUCAUAUAAAAUGACUAAUAUUGUAAAAGGGCAUAAGUUGAACAUCAAUAAUUAUUAACUUCCCACUC